AUGCACACGCCCGGCAGCCUGGCGCUUAACGCGUCGCUGGGCAUGCCCAGCACCGCUGUGCGUGGCGCGCUCGGCAGCCAGCCCACGCCCGCCACGCUGCGGCGCCCCGACCUGGGCCACUACGUCGGCUUCCGCAUGCCGCCCAACUCGGCCGGGCGCCGCAGCAGCCUGGCGCCCACGGACUCGGUGCCCAUCUCAUCCAACGACAUGGACGGGGACGCCGACCAGACGUUCAUCUGGGGCACCAACCUGUCGGUGAGCCGCGUCCAGGCACGCUUCAACGCCUUCAUCCAUACCUUCAAAGAGCUCGGCACUGACGAGGACUACAAAUACAUGCAGCUGCUGCAAGAGACACGGGCCCGUGGCGAGGUCAGCUUCAACAUUGAUGGUAAUCACAUGUACGAGUUUGACCGCACGCUGUACACCUGGGCCAUCACCUACCCGGCAGAGACAGUGCCCAUCUUUGAUGGCCAGCUGUCUGCCAUUGCUGCCGAGCUGGAGGGACGUGACCCUGAGGAGUGCCAGAUCCAGUCGCGCAUCUACAACCUGCGCGAGACCAAGGUGAUCCGAGACCUGAACCCCGCCGACAUCAACAAGCUGAUCAGCGUCAGCGGCAUGGUCACGCGCACCUCGGGCGUCAUCCCUGACCAGAGUCUUGCGCUCUUCUGCUGCACCCAGUGCGGCAGCGAGGAGGUGUCGUGGAAUGAUCGCGGCAAAGUGAACGAGCCCAGCAAGUGCCCCAACCCCGCUUGCCAGGCCAAGUUCAGCAUGCAGAUGGUCUACAACCGCUCCUGCUUCCUGGACAAGCAGCUGAUGAAAAUGCAGGAGAACCCCAAUGAGAUCCCUGAGGGCGAGACGCCCCACACCGUGUCCAUGUUUGCACGCCAGGACCUGGUCGACCUGGCCAAGCCGGGUGACCGCAUCACCGUGACGGGCGUGUACCGUGCCAUGGGCGUGCGUACCAACCCACGCCUGCGGGAGCUCAAGAGCGUGUACAAAACCUACAUCGACGUGGUUCACAUCCAGAAGGAUGAGGCAUCCAACCUCUUCUCCAUGUUUGCUGCCGAGGAGAGCCAGAUGCAGGCCACUGCGCAGGAGCUGCUGAGCCAGACCGUGCAGCAGCGCAACCUGGCAGACGCUCCCAACACCCAGGAUGCCGGCACCUUGCUGCACACUAGCAAUAUGACACGAGAGGAGAUGGAGAUAAAGCGCCACGCCUUUAGGGAGCUGGCUGCCGACCCCAACAUCUAUGCACGACUGGCAGCCUCCAUUGCACCCUCCAUUUGGCAGCUGGAUGACGUGAAGAAGGGCAUCCUCUGCCAGCUGUUUGGUGGCGUCAGCAAGAUGCUGCCGGGCGCCAAGACCCGCGGCGAGAUCAAUGUGCUGCUGGUGGGCGAUCCCGGCGUAUCGAAGUCGCAGCUGCUCAGCUAUGUGCAUAAGCUGGCUCCCCGCGGCAUCUACACCAGCGGCAAGGGCUCCUCGGCUGAUCCCGAGACCAAGGAGAUGGUGCUGGAGUCGGGUGCAUUAGUGCUGUCUGACAAGCUGCAUGAGGUGAUGGAGCAGCAGACCAUCAGUGUGGCAAAGGCGGGCAUCAUCGCAACACUCAAUGCGCGCACCAGCGUGCUGGCAUCUGCCAACCCGGUGGGCUCGCGCUACAACCCGCAACUGUCGGUGGUGGAGAACAUCCAGCUGCCACCCUCGCUCAUGUCGCGCUUCGACCUCAUCUACCUGCUUCUGGAUAAGGCCAACGAGGCCAGCGACCGCAAGCUUGCACGGCACCUGGUGUCCCUGUACGGCAAUGGCGUGGGCCGGCUGGGCAACGAGGCUGACAUGAUUCCCAUGGACACCCUGCGCGACUACAUUGCCUAUGCGCGCGCUACCUGCUUCCCUACGCUGCAGCCCGAGGCAGCCAAUGCGCUGUCCCAGGCAUACGUGGAGAUGCGCAGCCUGGGCAUGAGCAGAAAGAUUGUGUCGGCCACGCCGCGGCAGCUGGAAUCCCUCAUCCGCUUGUCAGAGGCCCAGGCACGCAUGCGGCUGAGUGACAGCGUGACGGUGCAGGACGUGGGGGAGGCGGUGCGGCUGAUGCAGGUGGCCAUGCAGCAGUCGAGCGUGGACCCCCGCACCGGCCAGAUCGACAUGGAUCUACUGAUGGGAGGCGUGUCUGCCGCCGACCGUGCCAUGAAAGCCCAGCUGACGGGAGAGCUGCGCGCUCUGCUGGAGCAAAAGGCAAGGCGUGGCAGCAAGCCGGCGUGCCUGAGCUCUGCGGAUGCGGGCCCCAACGGCCUGCGCAUCGCCGACGUGCUGGACAGCAUCAAUGCCCAGAGCAGCGUGCGCGUGAGCGAGCGCGACCUGCGGCAGGCGCUGAAUGAGCUGGAGGACGUUGCCCGGGUGCAGCAGGGCGUGGUGAUGCUGCGGGCAUAG